AUGGAUAUACAUAAUAGGAAUAAAUUGUUGUUAGAUCUUAAAACGAGUCUAUUUCUACCUCCUUUUAAUGAAGAAUUGUAUGAAACUUGCACAACCGAUCAUCAAAAAUCGAUUAAAGAAAUCUAAGAAAUUUAUAAGUGAUCUCAUUUUAUCAAACUUAGACUUCGUAAUGAUCCUGAAUUGGCAGAUAAAAUUAAACCUAUUAUCUAACUUAAAAUAAAAGAUGUCGAAAGAACAAAAAGAGUUUAAUUAGCAUAUUUAAUGCAUAGAGUACUUUUUAAUCAUCAUCUAGAUUAAUAAAAUACAAUCCUAAUAUUUUAUUGAUUCAGGAUAAUUAAGUAGUGAUCACUUAGAUUAGCUUUCUAAAAAUGAAAAAGAAUACUAUAAAUUUUUUGAUUAAUUGGUUAAGAAGUAUGAAAAUGACACUGACACAAAAGUUAGUUAAGUAAUCAUCAAUUCUCUCCUUUAAUUAGAAUAUAAUUCCACCAUCAGAAGUUUUUAUUGAAGUUAGAGUGAUCAAAUAAAUUGGAAAUAUCAUUACUUAAGAUGGAGACGAACUUGAUUUAGAAGAAGGAACAUAAUAAUUAGUAAAGAAAUCAGAUGUUAUUAAAUUUUUAUAAGAUGGUUCUCUUGUUUAAUUAUGA